UCUGUAUUAGGUACCAGACCAACCAAAAUACCGAAGGCGGCAUUGUCCUUCGAUAGAGGUGGCCUCGUAACCCUGUCUUCUACACCGUGCUCGUGACCGGGCAUAACGCGUGAUCAGUCUGAAAUCUGCGAAUUUGGGUGGUCAACAUGACUGCGAUAAGGCAACUAUCUAACAGCACCGGCUCCAUCCCGGCAGCUGCUAGUCGCUUCCUACGCUAUGUGGACAAAAGUCCGACCCCGUUCCAUGCUACUGCAGUGUCGGCCGACAUGCUCGAGAAAGCCGGCUUUAUCCGUCUGCAAGAAGCCGAAUCUUGGCAAGAUCUGAUCGAGGCUGGAGGAAGAUACUUCUUCACCCGGAACCAAUCUGCGCUUGUUGCUUUCGCCGUUGGUCACCACUUUCGCCCCGGUGGAGGUGUUCACGUCGUCGGAGCACAUACCGACUCUCCAAAUUUCCACAUCAAGCCCAUAUCUAAGCGCGCCAAGGAAGGCUAUAUGCAAUGCUCUGUCGAAACAUAUGGCGGGGGCCUCUGGUCAACAUGGUUUGACCGCGAUCUUUCAAUCGCAGGUAGGGUCAUCGUUGCGGACAGCCACGCGCAGACCUCUUUCACCUCCAAGUUAGUUCACAUCAAAGAACCUCUUUUACGCAUUCCUAACCUCGCUAUUCAUCUCAACCGUGGAGCCGGCGACAAUUUCCAAUUUAACGUCGAGGAUAACACGUUGCCGAUUCUCGGCCUGUCUGCCGCAGCCGAGCUCAACAAGGAGUCUGCAAACGCCUCCGAUGAUGCCCACGUCAAUCAGGGGGUUGGUACACCGACAAUGACUUCGAAGCACCACCCUGUGUUGCUGCAGCUUCUCUCCAAAGAGCUCGGAUGUGAUGUCGAGCAGAUCCAAGACUUCGAGCUCUCCUUGUAUGACACACAACCGGCUGCCGUCGGCGGCGUCGACAACGCCUUCAUCUUCUCUCCUCGUCUAGACAACCAAAUGUCAUGCUUCUGCGCGACGGAAGCGCUGAUCGGUUCCCUCAAGAACCCUUCUGCUUUGCAUAAAUCCUCUUCCAUUAGAGCUAUUGCGCUUUUUGACAACGAGGAGGUCGGGUCCGUUUCCACACACGGUGCAGAAAGCAACAUGCUGGCGAGCACCGUUCGCCGCCUUGUCUCAAUUCCUGUGAAGGGCAUUCGUCUGCAUGGUGACGAGCAUUUGGAGGCUACCGCGUACGAGCGCGCGAUCGCUCAGUCAUUUCUCAUUAGUUCUGACAUGGCGCAUGCAUUCCACCCCAAUUAUCCCAGCUCCUACGAGAAUGAUCACAGGCCGAAACUUAAUGGCGGGCCAGUUAUCAAGACGAAUGCUAAGCAAAGAUAUGCAUCGACUGCGCCCACAACAUUUCUUCUCAGACGACUGGCCAAAAUUGCGAACGUGCCGCUCCAGGAAUUCGAAGUCAGAAAUGAUAUGCCUUGCGGAAGCACGAUUGGGCCGAUGAUGUCGAAAACUGGCAUCCGUACCGUGGACAUCGGAAACCCUCAACUUGCAAUGCACUCCAUCCGGGAGACCUGUGGCUCAGCUGAUCCAGAGUACAAAAUUCGCCUCUUCGAGGCUUUCUUCGAGCACUUUGAGACAGUCGAUAAGGAGCUCAAAGUGGACUGAGCUUAUUGCAGUCAUUUGCCGAAAUCUUUGCACAUUGACCCGCAUUAAAAUCAGUAUGUCUCUACCACCCUCUGACUAGCGGGAAUAAUAUCAUGAAAUGCCGGAAAUCCAUUGAACGUAACUCCGCGAUAGAAAGUUAUCCUUGCAGGCCACCA